AUGGACCCUACGCUCCGGCGACGUAGGCAGGAGCCAGAUGCCAGGGACGUGGCUCAGGAAGAAGCGCUGGCAGAUGGGCCAGUGGCUCGCCCUUUCUGGUCUGAUCGAGCUCGAGCUGAAGCGGACCUGAUGAGGGCGAGACCGUCAGACCUGGACCCAAUGGGUGACAGGCUUCCGGAAGUUCGGGUCGAUCAGGUUGAGGUUCACCCGGCUUAUGGAGGCGAAAGCAAUGUUGGUGGUGGCAAGGGCAAAGGUUCACCUCCAGGGACUCUAGAGUCGGAUGUCCUGAGGGCUGCUUCGGGUAGGGCCGACGGACACUCUAGAGGAAGGAACUCUACAGUUGAGCAACCUCGAGAUCUUCCGGGAAUCCAGGAGGUAGAAUCAGCUGAAGACAACCACCCUGCAGCUACUCCAGAGCCUUUGGACCUCCUUUCGAUGUCACCAGUGGAACAAGCUCCGAGCGAGAACCAGAAGUCCUCUCCGAAACAUCCUGGCACGCUGGAACCAAAGCUGACUGGACAGCUGCGCGAGCUGAGUUCGGCCAAGAUUGGCACGCUGGCUGAGGUUCAGAACCCUUCGGGAUCUGGAGCACUUGAUUCGGAAGUUGGGGGCUCCUCCAGGGCUUUUCAGCGGCCGACUUUGGAGACUUCAGAAGAUGUGGGUGCCCAGGAGGUUUCGUCAACGACUGUUGAGAGUGUUUCGGAUGGGAAGGUUCUCAACAUGUCUCACUCUUUCAGUGGUGAAGCUUCGGGUAGUGUAGGGGGAUUGGCCUACGAGAUCUCGGAUCCUUCAGAACAGCAGUUUGAGAUCGCUAGGCUUAGGGUGGCAUGCUUGGGCUUUGUCCGAUCCCCUUCAGUCCUCACCUGGCCAGAUGGAAUUCUUCAGUGCACCACAAACCUCUUCAUCUCCACCGAUGGAUUUCGAGCCACCCUCUUCAUGCUUGAGCGGUUCCGUGGAUGGACUUUGGAUUUCAAUCUUCGGCGAGUGCUGGCCCUCAGUACUUCGCUCUGUCUCCCCGCUGCCAAUCAGGCAUAUGUGAGGUGGCUUGCAACGUCUCCGCUGGAGCGCUUGUCAACUCAGCAGGAGUUUGAUCAGGUGAACCUUGUUCAGCCCCAGCACGCGCUGUUGGAGCAAAGAUGUGUCACUUUGAUUCUUCAGUCGAUUCCUGAUGAGUUGAGAGUUGAUAUCGUUGCCUCGAGGCAUCUGAGUGUGGCCGGCAUGAUCUUUCGUCUUAUGACGGUGUUUCAACCGGGGGGAUCCUCGGAACGGGUGGCUGCCACUUUGACUGAGGCCGCCAAGUUGCUCCGCCAAUGGGCACAAUGGCACAUGCGCCUGACGCAGCUUCAAGCUGCAGAGCUGGACACCACCCUUUUGGUUAAAGGGUUGGACACGUUGACUCAGAAGGCUCUCGCCCGGCAUCCUUCCAGCCUCUUCCGGCUGGCUACGUUUCACGAGCGGUUGGGGAUUGACUAUGCUGAAGUCAGCUUGUCUUCGUUGAAGGAAUGGCUUGGCAAGCACUUGCGCAGUGACUCCUGCGGUGAGCUUGAGCUGCAAGCGGUUGCAAAGGUUCUGUUUCCAGACCUCCCCGAGACUCUUGAGUCACAGGUGGCAGCGUGCCCUAGCUUUGAUCCCUCCUGUGUUCCCUUCAACCGCCGGACCAGGAGACGCCUCUUUGAUCCUCAGGUUCCCACUACGGUGCACCUGUUCGCAGGCCAGCAACGCUGGAGAAACUCCGUGGGGCAAAUCCUUGAGAUAGACAUCGCUAAGGGCGCUGAGCUAUUGUCAUAUGAUGUUUGCGGUAUGCUGCUUCGUGCCGCCACUCUGGGUGUCAUUGAUGGGGUUGUGAUAGAGAAAGUCUUCACGUGCUCGGAAAUGCCAGAGGGCUCCACUGCUUGGGAGUGGCCUGAGUAUGAGAAUGUUUCUGUGUGCUUGGGUGGUUGGACGGCAACCUUCGACCAGGGCACUCUGGGUAACCCUUGCUCCAAGGCCAGUGCUCUGUAUACCAGCAGCUUCCAGCUUUAUGCCAUCACCCGGGAGCGCGAAGGCCCGCUCCUCAACUUGUGUCAAGAGGCCCUUAUGGCUAAGAUGUCCCCUGAGGUUUGGGAAAGGACCGCCCCUGAGGACCAUGCAGCCAAUGGUGCAGCAGAAGUCGCUAUUCGCGAACUGAAACGGUCUCUUGGCGCAGGGGCAUCUCGCGUCUUGGAGGAGCUUCCAGACCUCUCCUGCCACACGGCACACCUGUUGAGGCGAGGGUCGGGGAUCCUGGUCGGCCCGGCGCCGCAGACGCUUUCUUCGUACUUUGUGCUUUUCGAGGAUGACACAAUGUGCAUCACUUCGGCGGUGUAUCCUGUGGAUUAUCAGUCGCGCCCGUCUUCUUACAAUCCGGAGCCACCUUUGCGGCCAACUCCUCUUUCAGGGCAAAGCGCAGGCGUUUUCCAGGCUCCUCAAUAUCGCCGCCCUUCCAAGAGCCCAGCAGUGCGAGUUAGUUUGCACGGCCCUUCUCUUCCUGCUGCGGGGGGGAUGAGUGCUUUAGCAGAUGUUUCGGAUUUUUCGAAUGUCCAAGGUCGGGCUGAGGAGUCGACUGAGUCAGAUGCUGAAUCGCUUGAUUUCCUGUCUGAUCCACAGCAGGAGAUCCCGGCUUUUCAAGAGGCUCGGAUGAGUCUUUCUACAGACUUUCUUCAAGGUGCUCUUGAGGAGCUCUCGGCUUCAGAGGAGGGUGAGAAUCCAGGAAGUUUGGGGGAGAUCCAGCAUAAGGAAGAAGAGUUUGAAAGGCAGUUAGCGGGUUUCGUUCCAAUACUGGAUCCUGGCGAUGCGGUGGAUGAUGAUACUGAAAUUCCCUUAGCUUUCUUUAGAGCCACUCUGCAGAAUCACCAAUGGGAUCUUCAACCGGUGAUCAUGGUAACCGACCUUCAUGGUCAACCAGAGCCUCUUGUGGAGGUGUUGCAGCAUCAUGAUGAUGAUUCCUCUAUGUAUGCAGAUGAGGGGCAGUUUCUGGACCGCCUUCUUGUGUUCAUGAUGUGGAACUUCCGCCAAGGGCGAACUCAGGUUCUUCUUUUCCGCAUCACUGAGGCUCGUGAAGAGCAGCCCGCAGAGCGUGUGCUUCAAAUGCCAGGUCCAGAACCGCCGGCAGUGAUGAAGUUUCGAGUCAAGGCGUUCAGGCUUUUCCUCUGGUUUCUUGAUGGACGCAGCUUCGGGUUCUAUGGUAACCUCGAGCUCCGGAAAUGCCUCUACGGUUUCAAGAAGGCGCUGCGAUUGAGCCUGAGGAAGGAUGCUUAA